AUGUCAUCUUAUGUUGAUAAUGGUUCUUCUACCAGACCACCCAUGUUUGACAAAGAUGAUUUUAGUGGGUGGAAAGGUCGUAUGUCUUUAUUGCUUGAAUCCAUGGAUAACAAUAUGCCUGAUAUCCUGACAGAUGGUCCUUACAUUCCUAAACAAACUCUUGUUGUAGAUGCAGUGGUCAGAGAUGGUCAACCAACCAUCCCUGCCACAAUAAAAACCAUUGUUAAGGAUAGGGCAGAUUGGGGGGAUGAGGAUAGGAGAUUGGCUAACUUGGAUGUGAAGGCACGUAACUUCAUUGUUCAAGUUGUACCCAAAGAUAUUUACCAUUCUAUUAAAAUGUAUUUUACAACUAAGAAAAUGUGGGGUACUUUGACUGUCAUGUUUGAAGGAUGCCCUACCUCUAUGGAAUCUACCAUUACCACUUUAACCAGGAGGUAUGAGAGAUUUUUCUCUUUGAGAAAUGAAUCCUCAACUGACACUCAUACCCGUUUUAAUUCUUUGGUUAAUAAUCUAGCUGCUGUUGGUAUUACUAAGAAAAAUGAAGUUUUGAAAAGAAAAUUUUUAGAUUCAUUACCACCAAAGUGGAACAAUUAUAUUUCUUCUGUGAAACUAAGUUCUGUGUAUCAUGAUCUUGAUCUCCCUGGACUUUUUGGUUUGCUCCAUAACCAAGAGUGUUCAGAGGUUAAAAAGUUGAUUGCUAUGGGUGAUUCUUAUAGUCUGCCUCCUACUGCACUUGUUGCUUCCAUGACUGAACACCCUAGCUCAAUAUCUAAUGAGAUCAUUCCCUGUGUCAAUAGAUCUGUACCUGUGAUUUCUAACACUAACUCUGUUUGUUCUGAAUCUGAAUGUGAUGAAUCUGAUGGUGAGGAGAUAGCCAAUGAAGUGGCUAUGUUGGCUGAUAGGAUAAGGAGAUCUUUUGGUAAGUUCAAAGGAAAAGGAAAAAGUGGACAAGCUGAUAAGACUAAGAAGUCUUAUGAUAUGUCCAAAGUCACUUGCUACAAGUGUGGUAAGACUGGACAUAUGGCUGGUGAUUGUAGAUCCAAAGAGUCUUUACAAGCUAUGUCAUCCAAAGGUGGAAGAAGUGUAAAAUAUUCAAAACUCAAGACUAAAUACAAAGAUCUCAAAGCACAAGUUGUUGAGUUGAGUAAGAAGAUUGAGAAAGAUGAGAAGAAUCUGAUAGCCAAAGAUUGGGCUGAAAGUGCUACCUCUUCAGAGGAUGAGGUAUACACUGAUGAGAAAUGUCUCAUGGCUAAAGAGAAGUUUGUAGAAGAUCUCAUCAAACUGCAAGAGCAAGCUGAGUCAGCUCACAAAGCAUCUACUAGUCAGACCACUCCACCUGAGGUAACUAUCUUUUCCGAUCUGUAUGAUAAUGAAAAGCUGUCAAGGUUGAAUAGACUUGGUGAUGAUGUCCUGUUACAAAAACAUUUUAAUCAAGAACUUAAAAAGGAAAUUUCAAUAUUAAAACAACAGAUAAGCUCAAAGAAUUUCACCAUUGAAAAGUUAGAGUCUGAAGUUAAAGCACAAAAACAAUUGAACUCAAUUUUGGUCAAAGAAGCUAAAACUUCAGAAGAAAAGUUUUUGAAAAUAAAACACAUAACUGAGUCAUGGUAUACAAAUUCUAAAAGAGCUGCAAAAUGUGUCAAUGUACAAGUUCCUCAUCAAGUUCAAGCCAUUUUUGAUGGUGAAUAUGAUAGAGCUAUUGCUAUCAGAGAAGUCUGUGCCAUGGAACCUUGUUAUCAGCCGCCUUCACCACCCAAGAUACAAUCCAAGGGAAAGAAUUCUAAACCAAUCAGGGUAAUUAAACUAAAACCCGAGGAAACUCUUGAUAUGUCAAAGUUAACAAUUACUCAAUCUGUGUCAAGUCCAAAGUCUAAGACAAAAAAUAAUGUUUCAAAAAGAAACAAAAGGAAAAUUAGAGAUCAGAGCGUUCCAAAAGGGAAAAGUAAGCUGUUGAAAAAUGAGAAGUCUGGUUCUAAGGGAAAUGUUUCACCAACAAAAUCUGUGUCUAGUUCAAACCACCUUGAGUUUGACUAUGACAAAAUGAUUUCCAAAUAUGUUGAGUCCAGAAAAGGUAAGAUUUCUGAUGACAAAAAGUUACUUGUAAAAGUGUCUGAUCCCAAUGUUGUUGAUCAAAGUAAAUUAAGGUCUGAAUGUAAGAAAUCUGGAAAUGGCAAAGGUUUUGCACAAAAGGAAACUCUGAAUGUUGCUAAAAAGAAUUUCAAAUCUGGGAAGGGUCAGAUUAAGCAACAAUGGGUCUCAAAAUGUGAUAAGAAUGUCAGUUCAGUCUCCCAAUCUGAGUCAGACCCUAUGGGCUAUCAUGAUGCACAUACCUGGCACUUGGACAGUGGGUGUUCUAAGCAUAUGACCGGAUGUAAGUCCCUGCUAUGUAACUUUAGGACAAGCGCUGGUCCUAGUGUUAUAUUUGGAGAUGAGUCCCAAGGAAGAACUGAAGGAUUUGGAAUUUUGUCAAAUGGUCCCCUUAUUUUCAGAUGGGUUUCUUAUGUAAAUGGUUUGAAGCACAAUCUGAUUAGUGUGAGUCAAUUGUGUGAUGCUGGCUAUGAAGUAAGAUUCCGAGCUGAUAAGGGUAUUGUUUUGGAUUUGGAAGGAAAUGUGGUGUUAAUUGCAGAGAGAGAUGAUUCCUUAUAUUCUUUUGACAUGAGAAGUGCCACUAGGCUGUCUCAUAUGAACUUCAAAGACAUUAACAAGCUGUGCAAGAAGGAGUUGGUGUCUGGUCUGCCAGUGAUCAAGUAUGAGAAGGACAAGACGUGUGGUCCUUGUGAGAAAGGAAAACAACACAAAGCUUCCUUUAAGUCAAAAACAUGCUCAACCAUUGACAGUUGUUUGGAUUUGCUGCACAUGGAUCUGUUUGGACCAAUAAGUACUCCCUCCUUUAUUGGAAUGAGUGAGAAAGGUAUUUCACAAGUGUACUCAGCUGCAAGAACUCCUCAACAGAAUGGUAUUGCAGAAAGAAGAAAUAGAACCCUUAUUGAAGCUUCCAUAUCCAUGAUGGCACAAAACAAUGUCAAACCUCAUUUUUGGGCUGAAGCCAUUCACAUAGCCUGCUUCACUCAAAACAGAUCUCUCAUUGUGAAAAGACACCAGAAGACUGCAUAUGAACUUCUUAGGGGGAGAAAACUAGAAAUUGGUUGCUCUAAGCCAGUUGAUGCACAUCCUGAAGAUGAAAACAUUAACUUAGAAGAACUGGUUUUUCCUGAGAAUGAGCCUCCCUCUAAUCCACCUAUUGAAGACAAGAAUGCUCAAACUCCGGGCGAGCAAAUUAUUGAAGAAGAAGAGCUUCCUUUCUUUGAUUGUGAGCAAGCUGAUCCUACUCCUACUCAAGAAAAUAUUCAAAAUUCAUUAAAUGACUCCCAAGCUGACUCAGAUCCUGUUCUGGUAAAAGCUGAUCUACAUGUUCCUCAAGUUGAUCAGGCUGGUCCUUCUAAUCUGAAUCAGCCCAUUGUCCAAGAAACCAAUCCUGCACAACAUGUUACUAAAUGGACAAGGAGUCAUCCCAUAAAUCAAAUCAUUGGUGAUCCAUUAUCUGGUGUCAAAACAAAAAGAAAGGCAACAGGCAAUUUUUGCAUGUUUGUUAAUUUUGUAAGCAAAAUGGAACGCACUGAGAUUGAUGAAACUCUAGCAGAUCCAUCUUGGGUAAAUGCAAUGCAAGAUGAACUAACACAGUUUGAAAGAAACAAGGUUUGGAAACUUCUUCCAAUACCUCAUCAUAAGACUGUGAUUGGAACCAAAUGGGUCUACAGAAACAAAAUGGAUGAAAGGGGAGUGGUGACCAGAAACAAGGCAAGAUUGGUUGUUCUUGGAUACAGACAAUAA